AUGAGGAUACUCACCAUCGCGUUAUCAUUGCUCAGCUGCCAAUAUGCUGAUGCACACUAUGUCUUCUCCAAGCUCUCCCACAACGGCGGUCCUCUCAGCGCCCCAUGGCAGUAUAUCCGCAAUGUAACAGACGGAUGGGCGUAUUCGCCCACGAAUGGCUACACUGGGGACUUCGUUCCUUACUACGAUAUGUACGACGCUAACAUCCGAUGCGGACGCGGUGCUGCAAGAAGCGGUCCGGGGACGCAAACACUUACCGUCAAUGCCGGCGACGAGCUCGCCUUCUUCCCUACGAUAAGAGACCAGUACAGUAAUGAAGAGAAAGACACUGAUAUCUCGCACGAAGGCCCCGGGCAGGCAUAUUUGAGCAAGGCGGGAGAUGCGGAGGGCGAGUUGGAGGCGUAUGAGGGCGACGGUGACUGGUUUAAGAUCGGAAGUAUUAUCGCGAAAAACGAAACGAGGUGGGCCUUAUUGAGCGCUGCGUCCUACUCCUACCGUUUCAAUAACACGCAGUUCUAUGUCAACUGUGCGCAUAUCGACGUCAAAGGUCCAGGAGGAGGUAAUCCGGGCCCGAUGGCGAAGUUUCCCGGCGCAUAUGACGUUUGGGAUAACGCGAUCUGGGCACCAUACCAUGUCGCGGAACUGAAGCCCUGGAAUCUAACCGGCUAUGUCGCACCAGGACCCGCAGUAUGGAGUGCUUGA